AUGGAGAUACAAAAUGGCGUUCCCGCCCGCUGUGAACCUGGUACUGCGCCAGGCGCUGAACUUGACAUCGAGGCUCGGAUCGAAGCACUAGGGAGACAGAGACCCGAAGUGUUCCAAACAGUCUGGGCGGAAGCCGCCUUUUGUGUAACCAUAUUAGCGUCCAUGCUGAUGGCUGAGUACUUUGUUAGUGGCUUCAACAUUAUUCUUCCGUUCAUGGCCACAGCUCUCGACAUCCCUGAUCAAGCCAGGACAUGGCCUGCCAGCGUCUUCUCUCUUGUCACCGGCGCCUUUCUUCUGCCUCUGGGCCGUCUUGCAGAUAUCCUAGGGGCCCGACUGGUCUUCGUUAUGGGGUUGGCCUGGCACUUCAUUUGGUCCCUAGCCGCAGGGUUUAGCCAAAACUACGUCACGCUGAUUGUUUGUCGUGCACUACAAGGGUUGGGGCCAGCGGCGUAUCUCCCAUCCGGUAUCAUGUUGCUAGGUCGCACGUACCGACCUGGACCACGAAAAAAUUUGGUUUUCAGCCUCUAUGGUUCCUUCUCCCCUCUGGGCUUCUUUCUCGGCAUCUUCGCUGGAGGGGCAAGCGGGCAAAGCUUGACCUGGCGCUGGUACUUCUGGAUUGGCGCAAUUUUACUCUUCCUUGCCACAGUCCUUGCAUAUAUGGCUGUUCCGACCAACCACAGUGACGCGAGAAACUCCAACAUCAAGAUGGAUUGGUGGGGAGCUUCCGUCGUUGUGCCGGGAUUAUUGCUGGUCGUUUUUGCGCUCACUGACAGUUCGCAUACUUCGGAUGGAUGGGCUACACCAUACGUGGGCAUCACCAUGGCCGCUGGUGUUAUUUGUCUCGGUGUUGCGGUUUAUAUAGAGGGCUGGGUGGCGGAACACCCGUUGCUUCCAUUUGACCUAUUUAAGGUUCGUCAUAUGAAACCGCUCUCAGUGUCGCUGCUCCUGUCAUAUGGAGUCUUCGGUAUAUAUUUGUUCUACACAAGCCUCUAG